AUGGCUAAACUAAGUGGAAAGAACAGCAACAGUCCAGUGGUGGGUGUCAACAACAAGGCAGCUGUGAGGCCUCCAGGCCAGGUUUACCUUCCAGAGGCGGAUGGUGUUAUCUUAUCAGAGGAAACAGCCGUGGCGGAAGUCUGCAAGCCUGCAAAGAUGACAUGUCUUGAAGGCCCCCACUUAAACCGAGGCCUGAGCAAGUGCUGUGGCUCCUUGGCUCCUGAGGAGGAGCCAGUAUCUGCCUCCCAAAUGGAAGACGAGGAGGAGGAGGAGCAGGAGAUGGAUUUGGAUCCAGAUCUAACCCCAGACCCGGAGGAGGAGGAAGAGGAGGAUGAGGAAGAGAGUGAUCUCGGGGAUCCAGCUGUCCUCAAUGCUGUCCACAGCACUCAGAGAGGUCUUCUCAACUCCCCUGGAAUCAAGGCCUCUGGUGUGUUGGGGAUGUCACCUGCUUCCUUGCACUUUCUGUGGCAGACCUCCAAAUUCCUCUCUCAGACGCUGGACUACCUCUCUCCUGUUCCUUUCCGGACUACCUUUUCCAGUACCAGUUCUCCAGCACGACACUUUGGACCUCGACUUCUCCUACCAGACCCAACUCUCUUCUGCAGCCCACCAACCUCAUGGCCCCCUAGUUUCAGUCUUCCUAGUCAUCUGACCCAGCUCCACCCUCAGCACCAACGGAUCUUGCAGCUGCAGCAACAUAGUCGAACACCAAGUCCCCCAGCCAAGAAGCCUUGGUCUCAGCAGCCAGACCCCUAUGUUAACCUCAUGACCCGAAAAGAGAAAGACUGGGUGAUAAAAGUACAGAUGGUUCAGCUGCAGAGUGAGAACCCCUGCCUGGAUGACUAUUACUACCAGGAAUAUUAUCAGAAACUAGAGAAGAAGCAGACAGAGGAAGAACUACUUGGGCGAAGGACCAAGGUUGAAUCCCUCAAGCUGGUAACACCUUACAUUCAGAAGGCGGAGGCUUAUGAGUCAGUGGUUCGAAUCGAGGGUUCCCUGGGCCAGGUAGCUGUAUCAACAUGUUUUAGCCCUCGUCGAGCUAUUGAUGCUGUACCCCAUGGAUCUCAAGAGCAGGAGAUGGGAGCUGCAAGCAGUCAGAGGCUUCAGGUGUUGUCCCGGAUUGAGAAGAUGUUCAUUCAGUUACUAGAGCUAGAACAGGGCCAGAAGGAUGGGCCUCAACAGCUCUGCUACUCCGAACAGAAGAGCAACCAGGUUGAGAAGCUCUUCCAGGCCUUAAAGACCCAGGAGCAGAAUAAUCUGGAGGAGGCAGCAGAUGGCUUCCUGCAGGUGCUCUCCGUGAGGAAGGGGAAAGCUCUGGUGGCAAGGCUGCUCCCUUUCCUGCCCCAGGAUCAAGCUGUUAGCAUUCUUCUAGCUAUCACCCACCAUUUGCCCCUCCUAGUCAGAAGGGAUGUUGCCGAUCAGGCCCUACAAAUGUUAUUCAAACCUCUGGGCAAAUGUAUCAGUUACUUGACCUUCCAUGAACUCCUCCAAGGACUUCAGGGGCUAAUGCUGUUUCCGCCUGGCUCCUCAGAGCGACCAGUCACUGUGAUCCUUCAGAACCAGUUUGGAAUUUCUUUGCUCUAUGCCCUGCUGAGUCAUGGGGAGCAGCUGGUAUCCCUGGAGUCUUCUCUUAAGGAGUCCAAUAGUGAUAAUUCAGCUUGGACAGACAUGGUGGUUCUGAUCGCCUGGGAGAUCGCCCAUAUGCCGACAGCCUCUCUGGCAGAACCCUUAGCCUUCCCCAGCAACCUUCUUCCUCUGUUUUGUCACCAUGUGGACAAACAAUUGGUACAGCAGCUAGGGGAGAGGAUGGAGCUUGCUUGGAUCUACUGAUCCAGUUCUGGAACAUGUACAUGUAGGAAAAGUUUAAUCAUCAGACAUUAGCUAUAUGAGCUAUGUCUUCAGAGAUCCAGAGAGUCCAAGGACAUUUCUUAUGCCUUGAUAUAUUGAAGGACCCCAACCAAAACAUUUUCUUACGCUUGCAUUAAAAACCUAUGUGAUAUGCCUAAAAUGGCAUGACACGAUAAGGUAUAAUUAAAGAGCUAAAAGAAUGAUGUGUUCAAACUUGU